AUGGAGCGGACGACGACUCGCCUCCGCGUCCAGGCGCCGCUGCAGGACUGGGGCGAGGAGACCGAGGACGGCGCGGUGUACAGUGUCUCCCUGCGGCGGCAGCGCAGUCAGCGCUUGAGUCCGGGAGCAGGGCCUCGGGGCACCCAGGCCCCUAGCCCCGGUGCCGACACCUUCCUCCAUUAUCGCACCAGCAAGGUGCGGGCGCUGAGGGCAGCGCGGCUGGAGCGGCUGGUGCGGGAGUUGGUGUCUGGAGACCGCGAGCAGGACCCAGGCUUCGUGCCUGCCUUCCUGGCCACCCACCGGGCCUUUGUGCCCACUGCCCACGUGCUGGACCUUCUCCUGCCACCGCCGCCGCCGCCCCUGCCGCCGGGGGUAGAGAUCAAGAAGACAGAGGGAAGAGAUCUGACCUUCAACAACAACCUGAGGGCUGUGGUGUCAGUGCUGGGCUCCUGGCUGCGGGACUACCCUCAGGAUUUCUGGGAUCCCCCUGCCCACUCGGACCUAGGCAGUGUUUGCACCUUUCUGGGCUGGGCAGCCCCAUCAGGGGCUGAGGCCCGGGAGGCAGAAAAGCUGCUGGGAGAUUUCCUGAAGAAUGCUGAGCCACAGCAGGAAGAAGAGGAGCGGUCCCAGACAUGGGCAGGACAUCCAGGGGUUGCCCAGAUACCCCGUCCAGACUCCCCGGUAGGCUGCUUGGAAGAGGUGGAAGGACUCGUGCGGGAAGGUCCUGAGCUCCUGGACUUCAGUGUAGACGACGUGGCCGAGCAGCUGACCCUGAUGGAUGCGGAGCUCUUCUCGCGCGUGCGGCCCUUCGAGUGCCUGGGCUCCGUGUGGUCGCAGCGGGACCGGCCGGGGGCCACAGGCACCGCCUCCACUGUGCGCGCCACUGUGACCCAGUUCAACACGGUGACCGGCUGCGUGCUGGGCUCGGUGCUCGGGUCGCCGGGCCUGGCCGCCCCGCAGAGGGCGCAGCGGCUGGAGAAGUGGAUCCGCAUCGCGCAGCGCUGCCGGGAACUGCGGAACUUCUCCUCCCUGCGCGCCAUCCUGUCCGCCCUGCAGUCUAACCCCAUCUACCGGCUCAAGCGCAGCUGGGGUGCCCUGAGCCGGGAACCGUUAUCCACUUUCAGGAAACUUUCGCAGAUUUUUUCCGAUGAGAACAAUCACCUCAGCAGCAGAGAGAUUCUCUCCCAGGAGGAGGCUACCGAGGAGAAUGCCCCCCCAGGAAGCCUGCCCUCAAAACUGCCCCCAGGCCCCAUCCCCUACCUUGGCACCUUUCUCACGGACCUGGUUAUGCUGGAUACAGCCCUGCCGGACAUGCUGGAGGGGGAUCUCAUCAACUUUGAGAAGAGGAGGAAGGAGUGGGAGAUCCUGGCCCACAUCCAGCAGCUGCAGAGGCGCUGUCAGAGCUACUGCCUGAGCUCCCACCUGCCCAUCCUGGCUGCCCUGCACACCCAGCGCCAGCUCAGCGAGGAGCAGAGCUACCGCAUCUCCCGGGUCAUUGAGCCACCGGCCGCCUCCUGCCCCAGCUCCCCACGCGUCCGGCGGCGAAUCAGCCUCACCAAGCGCCUCAGCGCGAAGCUGUCCCGAGAGAGAGGCUCAUCCCCUGGUGGGAGUCCCAGGGAUCCCUCAUCCUCCACCUCCAGUCUGUCCCCAGCGUCCCCCCCAUCCAGUCCUAGAACGAGGGACCCUCCUCCCGGCAGUCCUCCGGCCUCUCCAGGGCCCCAGGGCCCCAGCACCAAGCUGCCACUGAGCCCAGACCUACCAGGCCCCCGGACCCUAGCCUUGCCCUUGAGUGGCCCUCACAUCUCCCUCCCGGGGCAACAGGGCUCAGAGGCCUGCGUCGUCCGAGUCAGCAUCGACAAUGACCAUGGAAAUCUGUAUCGGAGCAUCCUGCUCACUAGUCAGGACAAGGCCCCCAGCGUGGUGCAGCGAGCCUUGGAAAAGCACAAUGUGGCUCAGCCCUGGGCCCAGGACUAUCAGCUCUUCCAAGCCCUUCCUGGGGACAGGGAGCUCCUGAUUCCUGACAAUGCCAAUGUCUUCUACGCAAUGAGCCCAGCCGCCCCUGGAGACUUCGUGCUGCGGCGGAAGGAGGGGGCCCGGCACACAACUUCAGUCUCCCCAGCCUGAGGUGGUUCUCCCCCUCCUCCAGGACAUGGGCCCCAUGGGCAGCAAGGGGCCUGGCUUCUCUCACCAGGGGGCAGGGAGGGAGCUCUUCUCUGGAAAUCUCUCAUUCCCCAGUAGAGGCCAUUGUCCUCCAUACCCUGUAAACUCCCCCUCCCCAAACUUUAUUGGACCUCAUCCCUCUGACCCUUUUGGCACCAGACCCCUAUUCCAAAGACAUCAGCCCAUGGGUGGCUGGUGGAGAGCUUCAUCCCAUAAACAUAGAAAGGGGUGCGGUGUCAGGGGUCAGACCCUCUCCCAGAGAAAUCUUGUAACUGCUGGAGACAUAUCUGAAGCAAUAGAAGUGGAUGAAAAUAGUGAUCAAAGUUAUGAAAGCAGGAGUCUUGUUUGUUCUGCGCCUGUGCUUCAUGUUCACUUUUCAUCAAGAUAAGAAUUGAGGGCUUCCCUGGUGGCGCAGUGGUUGAGAGUCCG